AUGCUCGCCCGCCGGCUCUUCUCCUCCGCCUCCCUUCCGCCAACGAUACGCCAGCUUCUGGCCUCGCCUCCACCCCCGCACGCUGCAGUUGUUGAGGUCAAUGGCUGGAUCAAGUCCAUCCGCAGACAGAAGAAGGUCGCCUUCGCAGUGAUCUCCGACGGGUCUUCUGACUCAGGCCUUCAAGCGGUCUUUUCGAACACGGACCUUGCAAAAUUGCUUUCGAAUGGUGCUAGUGUCAGACUACGUGGUGUUCUGACAAACAGUAUCGGUGCUGGACAAGCAAAGGAGCUGAAGGUGGAGGCAGCGGAAGUCUUUGGUGAUUGCGACCCAGAGGAGUAUCCUCUCCAAAAGCAAGCAAUGUCCGCGGAGCAUCUACGAAAUCACUGUCAUCUGCGGCCCCGCACACGUGAAACGGGCUCUAUGCUACGACUGCGAGAUACUACUACUAGAGCUAUGCACGACUUCUUCCAGGAUAAUGGGUUUUUACACAUACAUACGCCUAUAAUGACCUCUAGUGACUGUGAAGGUGCUGGCGAAACAUUCCAGAUCAGACCCAGCUCAAACGCAACCCUGCAAUCCUCCAACGUAAAGCCUUCGGAGUACUUCAACCAUCCCGCAUACCUCACCGUCUCCUCUCAACUGCACCUAGAAGCCGUGGCGGCAGCCAUCUCCCGUGUAUACACUCUGUCUCCCUGUUUCCGUGCCGAACCCUCUCAAACCUCCCGUCACCUCGCCGAGUUUUGGAUGCUGGAAGCCGAAUGGGCCUUCCUGUCCUCGCUCCCACAUCUUACCUCCCUGGUCGAAGGCUCCAUCCGCCACAUCCUCCGCACCCAUGCAGACAGCCCGGAGAUGGACGCAGUCUGGAAAUCCCACCCCGCCGACGUCGCCUCCGCGCGACGCGCAGAGCUCCACACCUACGCGACUUCGCCCACGCCGUGGACGCGCCUCACGUACGCCGAGGCCAUCGACAUUCUCGCCGCACACCAGACGCGUUCUGGCGCGUUCGUCUUCGCCCCGAAGUGGGGCGCGUCCCUCCAGAGCGAGCACGAGCGCUGGCUCGCCGACGGGUACGUGCGCGGGCCGGUGUUCGUGACGGACUACCCUGCCGCGCUCAAGCCGUUCUACAUGCGCGCGAACGCGGGGGAGCCCGACAGGGAGACCGUUGCGUGCUUCGACCUGCUGGUGCCGGGGCUUGGGGAGCUCGUCGGGGGCUCGCUCCGCGAGGAGCGCGUGGGGCUCCUCGAGGCCGCCUUGGACCGUCAUGGGCUCAGCCGGGAGGACUACGGGUGGUAUCUAGACCUGAGGCGGUUCGGUGGGGCGCCCCACGGCGGUUUCGGGCUGGGUUUCGAGCGGCUGAUCAGCUGGAUGAGCGGUAUAGAGAGCGUGAGGGACUGUGUGGCAAUGCCUCGGUGGGCUGGAAGGAUAUUGUUGUGA